GCGUCGCGUCGCGUGUGUGUGAGAUCAGAAGAUGAAGAAGCGGAGGAGAGUUCCAGCUCGCGCUCAUCCGCGAUUACACUCAAACUCACUUUAUAAACAAGAAAACUUUUUUCCUUUGGGCUUUUUAUAAUACAACCACCGAUUAAUGAUCGCCAUCUCAGAUCAGUUGGAGUUGAUUUUCAACCGAUGUUUGUGUUUGUCGGAUAGUGUCGCUGAUGAACCGUGAAGCAGGUGCAUUUAUAGAAGAAUAUUCUUCAUCUUCAUCUUCAUCUUAACAUGAUCUUCUGGAGGAUCACACUGAACUACUGGAGGGAUUCGCGGGGAUUUAAACCCCUGACCGCACUGAUGGACUCAUGAUCACACACACACACACACACACACACACACUGGAAUAUCGCAUGGAUUCUGCUGGGAUCAGAUGUUUAGAGCUGUUUAUGGCCUUGUUGUGAGCGCGCAGGUUUUAGCCGUCGGGUCACUGGUUUUGAAGAAAGGAUUCCUGUGAGGCGAAGAGGAAGGUCUGCUGAUGUUUCUCCAGGCGGUUUCCUUCAUCUCUGCUGUUGUAGAUCUUUGACCUGUAGAGCUGAAACGGCACCAUGCUGGCGUGUCUUCAGAGACCGAACCAGCCGGCCCGACACCAGCACCAGCCGACCCGACCGCUGACCUGUGCAACACACAUCCUGGACACGCUCAGUCACAAGAGCGAGCCGAACCCCACACACUCCCUUCGCCACCCGUCCGUGGCCGAGCUGAACGCCUACGCACAGAAGACACUCGACGCCCCGCUGUCAAUCAAGAUCUUCCCCUCCAACAUCCGGGUCCCGACGCACAAGCACGUCAGCAGAACCGUCAACGGCCUGGACACGCGGCUCGGCUCCGGCCCGCAUCCGUACGCCCGCGGCUACCAGGGCCUGUUAGCGAUCGCUAAGACCAAAGGCGUGUUUGAUGUCAAACGAGCCAAAAUGGCGGUGGCUCCGCGUAACAGACACCGCCAGAACCCGUACGUUCAUCCCAGCCCGUCCUUCGCCGAAUCCAGUUUCGCUUAUUCCGGAGCCGUGUUGCCAACUCAAAGCGCAGGCGUUACCGGAUUGGGAUCGGAUUAUUGGGAGAACCGGGGAAUUCCACACGGGAGUCGCUCUUCCGAUCUCUGCUAUCGAUCUCAGCUAGCGUCUCCGUCGUUCGGACAGUUCUUCGCGACUGCUUGGAACGGCGACUGCAUCUCGACCGGACCGUCGCUCAUCGAUCCCGGACUCGUGCCGUAUCCCGCGGAUCCGAGCCGGAGCCGGGCCUCGCUCCUCAGCACGAGCACUAGCCUUCGGUCUCUGGAGAGCCUGAUUAGCGAGAUCCAUCCGCCCUGCAUCAAGGAGAGCAUGCUGGGACACGGAUACGGCGGCAACCAUCAGCCUGUGUUCAGAUAGAACCGGCCCAGACUGUAGAUCAGAGGUU